GAGAGAGAGAGAGAAAAGCACGCGCUCUCUCCUAGUGCACUUUGCAGUAAGUUGCGGGCGGCUGUUGCUGGCGUGGCGGUUGCUGGUCGCGCGCGCAGGGAACUUUAACACGCUGGAUCCCAAAGUCCGUCUCUCUCACCUGCGCAGUUCGGAGCUGCCAUGGAUUUCGCGGCCGGAUUUACUAUCCUAAUCACACUGCCGAUCUUUCUGCAGACGAACGGCCUUUAUAUCUCCAGUAGCAUAGAUUCCCUGCAGCAUGUCCUGGGGGACUAUGGACUGGUGAAGCCCGUUCUGACAGAUGCAGAAGGCCGCUUCGUGUCCCAUGCAGUAUCAGUCGGUCCAGCAAACGGGCAGUUCCGUAGGCGCUGGAGAAGAGAGGCGGCAUCGGCCGACCACGCCCACCAUGAGUCCGGAGGAGACGCCUUUCAGCGCCUCUACUACAACCUCACCGUCUUCGGCCGGGAGUUUCACCUGCGACUUCGCCGCAACGAGCGACUGGUGGCUCCCGGAGCCAAGAUGGAGUGGCAGGAAUCUGGCGGCUCACGGUUCGAGCCUUUGCAGAGUGGCUGCUUGUAUGUGGGAGACAUUACGGACAUACAGGGAGCAUCGGUGGCUAUCAGUAACUGCGACGGCCUGGCAGGGAUGAUCAGGACGGAGCAGGAGGAGUUUUUCAUUGAGCCGCUGGAAACGGGACAUCAUGUGAUGGAGCAAGAGGAGGAGAGCGGUGGCCGUUCUCAUAUUGUGUACCGUUCAGCCGCUGUGAAGAAGCCUCCUGUUAGCUCACUAGCUGCAAACUUUCACUCCAGAGGUUAGUUUUGUUUACCGACUUCUGUUUGCGUUUACCUGCACAAUCUGCUUGUGUAUUCUGAUACAAUUAUCUUUUUAAAGGCCAUUGCUGUGUAAAAAUAUCUAAAGUUUUUGGUAAAAAAAAAAAA